UGUUGAAUGACUUCAUUAGUGACAUCAUCACAGCUUGGGUUGUCAUGGAAACAGAAAAAAAUUGUCUGUCUUAUUCUAACCAGUUUUUUACUAAAACGCACUGUUGCCAGAUUAUUAGUUCAGAAAUGAUUUAUUUUACUAUAAUAAUUAUUCGAUUUCAGGCUUGCUUUUAAAAUAUUUUUGUAUAAAAUGGAUUUUACUACUGAACGAUCUCAAAAUCCACCUGUAACAAUGAGUUUUUUUUAUCCAAUUCCAGUAGCUCUAAGUUUACUCAUUUUGCGUAUACUAUUAGAAAAAUUCUAUUUUGAGCCAAUUGGUAUCAAAUUGGGACUAGAGGCUCCUAUAAUACAUCCAAUAAAAAACCGCAAGGGAACAUUGAGUUUCCUGAAAUGGUUACCCCACAUUUCCAUUAAUUCAAAAGUAUAUUAUUUGAGUACCUUGCAAAAUUUUUUGGAAAAUUUUGGUAUCGAAAGUUCACCGAAACCGUCAAAAUUGUCGAAAUUUUCCAAAAGUAUCUGGCAAUUAAUUUUUUUCACAUUUACUUUUAUCACUGGAAUGAUUAUACUAUGGAAUAAAUCGUGGUUCUGGAUAUUAAAAGAAUGUUGGGUAGGUUAUCCACAUCAAAAUCUGACCGACGACGUUUGGGUGUACAACUUCAUGAAUAUCGCUUUUUAUUGGUCACUCCUAAUAACACUUCUCGUAGGUACGAAAAAGAAAGAUUUCAACGAGAAUGCGAUUCAUCACAGUGUUGCCAUAUUAUUAAUUUAUCUAUCGGUGAAUUGUCAAUGUUUCCGAAUCGGUACCAUAAUCAUAGUAGAUCUGAGCGUUAGUGAUGUAUUUCUAGAGGCAUCAAAAAUCGCCAAUUAUUUGGAAUAUAACAAAACAUGUACCGCCUGUUUUAUACUAUUCACAAUUAUUUGGAUUAUUUCCAGAUGGGUGGUGUUUCCUUUCUGGAUUAUACAUAACACUUUAUUCCACGUGCCCAAAGUGCUUCCAAUAAAUUUGAAAUGGGUCAUAAAGAGAGGGUUAACUGAAGGAGAUAUACGAGAUGUUAGAUCUGAUAGCGAAAAUGAUAAUUAA